GUGCGCUUUCCAGGAUUACCACAGAUUGAUCUUCUUUAAGAUCAAACCAAUACAAGCUUAUAAAUUGUAUGACACGUAAAUUAUUCCGCAUACAUACAACAACAUGCCAGGUUAAGUUGCCCCAACCGUCAUUGCAAUUAUGUGAUGUUAACGACAUGAUUUCUAUGGCCAUAUUAGCAUAUCUGCUGUUAGCCGUUGCGUCCCCACAUCCAUGCUUUGCCGGUUUCAAAUCCCUUUGUGUCUGCCACAUCGUCAAGCAGGUCGCCUAGAACAGCAAUACGUUAGCAAUGAGUCGUUCCCACUACUAGGGACAUUCCUGUUUCCUCGCCAGAGCCUAUUCCUUAAAAGCGAAUGAUCGAGCUGCAGUAAAACUGCCCUCAAGCAUAUCUGCAGCAGAGGUCGUAAACCCGCUUGCUCUGUAACUGCAACAGGCAACCAAAAAGACCAAAGCCCAGGGUAGAGAGAUCGAUGCGAUCCGAAAAUCCGGAAAUGGCUGCGGUAGACGGCGGACGGCAAGUCGUCAUAACUCCGGCCGACCUCAUCGCGAUUAACGAUGGCCGUGGUGUUCGCCGGCGGCUAGCGGGGGGGACCGCCGUCGUAUUCGCCACUGAUCCUGGCGGGGCGGACUUCUCCAUCGGCAACGCCAGCAGCAACGGAGGCGGAGGCGAAGGCAAUGGUUGCGGACCAGGCUCUAGAAAAGGCAGCAAGCAUUACUCCCUGCGGCAGCGUGUCGCUGCGCGCUGCGGGAACGGGCUGGACGUGGCCGCUACAGCCAUUUUCCUGCUACAGCCAGCACUGGCGAUGCUGUUGCCAGGGAUGAGGGGCCUGGGGGCCGUGCCCGGCAGCCCUAUGAAAGCGGCCGCCAUUCUCGGUGCGCUGCUGCUGGCCCGCCGCAUCCUGAUCUUUCGGCGCUGGCGGGACGAGCACAUGCACGUGCCCCGCUUCAUCCUGUGCUUCGUGGUCAUGGUUCUGGAGCUCAGCGUGGAGAAUGGCGUCGUGUGGCUUGUGUCAGCCUGGGACCAGCGCAAGUACGACAAUGUCCCGGGGCUGCAGGACAACGUCGCGAUUUCCGUUCGAGCACUCUCUGCCCUCAGCCCCGCGGUCCGCUGGCUGGCGGCGGCGAGGGCAGCCAACAUUUUACAUUUCCUGGCCGCAUUGCUGAUGCUGGCAUUUUCCGUACUGUGGAAUCAGGUGCCGUACUCUGGAUUUGGAAUCAUGUCACGCGUCGUGCUGACGGUCGCCGCGAGCCGCGUGUUGCGCAUGGCCUGCUUCCUAAGCACCGUGCUGCCUAACCCGCGGCCGGGCUGCUAUCGGCGGAGAUUCCCGCCCGUACCGGAAGGCUUAUGGGACACAAUCAAGCUGGGCUAUACAACCAUCCGAGGUUUUGGUGGCUGCAACGACCUGAUUUUUAGCGGCCACGGCGCCUUCUGGGUGCUGGCGCCCCUGGCCUUCCGCACGUACUACCCUGGCCGUCGUGUGUGUGUUUGGGUGCUGUGGCUGGCGCUGGCACAAGCUUGCGUGAAGGAUGUGGUGGAUGAGCAGCACUACAGUGUGGACAUGCUGCUGGCCGUGGUGGUGACGUGGGCGGUGUGGGACUGGCUAGCCUGGGUGUACCCCGCGGAGGAGUCCGUGCUGCCUCACCGACCCGCCGGGGCCCCCGCCGACAAGAUAAACCCAGCUGUGGUCGCAUGCUUCUGCGGCACCAGCGUCGCCGCAGAGCUGGCAGCCCGUGGCCAACUUCCCCGAGGUCGCAGCCGGGAGGAGAGCGAGCUGCUGCUGCAGCAGACAGCGGAGGCCUUGGAGGCCAAUAUCGAGGUGCGGGACUGUUUUGACAUUCGUCCCGCAGUGGAGGCCGCAGCAGCGGGCGUUUGUCUGAACGCCAAGCAGCUCGAGAGCCUCUGCACCAUCUCUCUCUUUCUGUAUUUGCAUGUGGGCCGUAUGCAGGGUGUGGCGUCCACCCUGGAGUCCGCCUUCGCGGUGAAAGCAGCCGCCACAGCUCCCCCUCACCGCUAUCGGUACCCUAGCCUGGCUGCCCUGGCUGAGGGCAUAGAGGAGGAGGAGCGGACACUGCUGAGGGCCAUACGGGCGUGUAUCAAGUUCGGCUCCGUGUGUGAUGACGCCAGUGAGUCCCUUGCAGCAGUGCGGGCUGAGCGGCAGUCCAACAAGGAGCGGCUGCGGAAGGAGGUGGAGGGCUGGGCCAGGAGCAUGCAGCAGCGGGGGGCGGCGGAGGCGGGGGCGGUGGCCAUCGUGAGGGGGCGGUUCUGUGUGGGGGUCAGGUCUGGUCGGCAGGGUGAGCUCCCCCGCGGCAGUGUCCGUCUGAGCAGCUCCAGCAGUGGGGCCACCGUGUACAUGGAGCCGCAGCCCUGCGUGGACCUCAACAACAUGGAGGCGGUGCUGGGGGAGAGGGAGGAGCAGGAGGUGCAGAAAGUACUGGGAUUGCUGUCUAAGAUGUUGGGCACUCGUGUUCCCCAGUUGCUGAGCCUGCUGGGCAGCGUGACCUCCCUGGACUUGGUGGCGGCCAGGGCGCGACACAGCCGUUGGAUGGGGGCCACUAGACCGGAGUUUGAGGAGUUUGGGCCAGGCGCCUCCCCCCUCCAUGUUCCGGGGGCCCUGCACCCGUUACUGAUGCAGCGGGGCCUACCACCCCUGCCGCAAGCACCUUCGGUGGACGACAACCGCUUCGAUCGGGAUUUCCAGGCGGCACCCGCCUGGGAGCUGCGGAGGGUUGUCGUACCCGAUGGGCCGCGGUCCGGAGAGUUGCCAGAGUACGGCAGUACGACAGCAGUUACGGAUGGCGGUAGCGCUACUGUCAGCGGCAGUAGCAGUCUGCUGCCUCGCCCUCUGGAUCUGCGGGUGCCUCCUGGAAAGGCUGUGGUGGCCAUUACAGGCGGGAAGACAGUCACGCUCAAGGCCGCGGGCCUUAUGGUUCUCAUGGCUCAGGCGGGACUCUUCCUGCCCUACACAGCCGCCAGUGGGAUCUCCACAGCGACCCACGGGUCACCUCCCUGCCCUAGGGCCACCACAUCUGGAUUAACGCCCCGGCCCCGACUGGUGUGGUUCGACCGGGUGCUUGCGGACAUUGGCGAUGCGCAGAGUCUGCAACAAAACCUCUCUACCUUCAGCGGCCACAUCCGCCGCAUACGAGGGAUUCUCGCAACCGCAGGCCCCGGCUCCCUGGUGCUCCUGGACGAGGUGGGCAGCGGUACCGACCCGCUGGAGGGUGCGGCACUGGCCCGGGCUGUGCUGGACAGACUGGCGGGACAGGCUCGUCUGACUCUGGCCACCACCCACCAUGCGGAGUUGAAGCGCGCGGCGGAGGAGGACGGGCGGUACGUCAACGUGAGUAUGGCCUUCGACACCGCCAGCCUGCGACCCACCUACCGGCUGUGCUGGGGGGCAGCCGGGGCCUCGAAUGCGCUCGAUAUCGCGGAGGCGCUGGGCUUUGACAGGCAAGACAGCCACAUAGCGGUGGUGGCGCGCAGUCUUGUACGUCAGUUGGACGAGACACGGCAGGAGCUGGAGGCUCAGCGGGCACUGAGGCAGCGGCUGGAAGCCGCACAGAGCCGGUUGCAGGAGACCGUGUCCGCCGUGCGGGAGAUGGAGCGACAACUCAAGUUGUCCCCGCGAGAAAUUGUCAUGGAGCGGGACACUUUGGCUGCGGAGGUGCAAACAGCGCUGGAUGCCUUCGCAGCGGGGCUGCAGCCACAGGCAUCAGUCGAGGAGGCUCUCAGUCGCAUCGAGGCGCUGAUACCCGAGGAGGUCGCCGCGUACCGGGGACAGGGGUACUCAGGGGGAGGCGACGAGGAGGACAUGUACGAUGACAGGGCGACGCUGCGGCCCGGCGACCCCGUGCACGUCAAGCCGUACGGCGACAUGGGGUCUGCGAAGGUGGUGUCGGUGAAGGGCGACUACGUGACAGUUCGUUUCGAUGCGCUGCCCUUCAGCGCCGGCGCCAGGUCGGGCCGCAGCAGGAAGUUCCACAAACGGGAGGUCCAGCGCGUGGGUCAGGGCAGCGUGGGGCCGCUGCUGGGCACCAGUCCCUGGAUGAGCGAGUACUCCAAUUUGGACACUGACAUCAGGAGGGUGCUGGGGGAGGUGUCGGCGGAGGAGCGGAGGGCGGCGGCGGAGGCUGCCGCCCGACUCCGCUCGCAGCAGCUGGCGGAGGAGGCGGGGCACGCGUCGUACAGUGACCUGUACGAUGCGCUUGAUGUGGAUGACGUGGCGGAUGACCUGGACGCCCAGAUUGACGACCCGGAUUUGGACAGCCUGGUAGACAGCCUUGCAGGCCGCGAGCAGUACGAGGGGGAGGAGCAGGAGCAGAAUCAAGACCCAGAUGGAAUGCGCGGACACGGAUACCCCGGGUACGGCAAGUCAGGUCGCGGUGGUGAUGACGGGGCCAGUCGGUCUCUGCCGCAGGGGGGUGCGUCAGGCAAGAAGCCGUCGGCUGACGGUAGACGCAUGGUUGCUGCCACAGAGCCUCUCAACACCAGGAGCAGCAAGCGCACUAGCAGCAGCGGCGACGGCAAAGCUGAGGGUUUGGCGCCGCCGGUACAGACUGAAGAAAACACCCUGGACGUGGUUGGUGAGGUUCCGGAGCUGGCCGCUGCAGACGUCGACGACCACAUACGCAGUGCGCCGGCCGGCAGCGUCUUCUUUGUCAGACACGGCAUGGGUACGGGUGCCGUGCGAGACGCCGUUCAGUCUCUGCUGGCAAAGCGCCAGGUACCAAAAGGUCGCGUGCAGGAGUGGCGGGAAGCUCCGGAUAGCCGUGGGGAAGUUACGGUCGUGUGGCUGUGAGGCUGGUGGCUGAAGUGGACACGGCGAUCAAUAGGCCAGAUUUUUGGAAGGUAAUGACCGGACUAGACCUCGCUGCGUUUAAGGCGUCCUAUUAUCAUAUUCGACGCCACGCGCGGCUAGUUUCGCUUUCGUUUGCUUCGUCCUUGUGUUCAUGAAGGGUGCGUCCGGAGGCGUCUGUACGUCACCGACAGGUGGGAGCCCACGUGCGCUGGAAAGCGCCUGCAGGAUGUUGUGUUGGUGUAAACAUACAG